AUGUCUACCACAGUCAUUGAUCUGCUUAUCGCCCUCCUCGUUCUCCUCUUCGUUUCUAUGCUCCUGGUCGGAGCCCUCUACACUGUCCGCCGAAUCCGUAAGCGCAGAGCGAUUGCCCGCCAACAGCUGCCUCUCUACAAUGAGAAAGACAACUCUUCCAGCCAUCGCCUGACCAUCACCACGGCGCCCUAUGGCCGCGGCUCCAGGAUCUACGUGUACGAUGAGAAGUCCGCCAUCCCCGAGAGCCCGACCUCCCCUCUAUCCCCUGACAACGUCCCUGAGAUCCGCAUCACUUUCCCUGAUGAGCAGGACGAGUCUGGACGACGGAAGAGCGGCCGCGUGGUCGUAGUCCGUGUCGGCGAGACAGGAGUUGGGCUUGAGCCGCUGAAUGAGGAUGAGGAGCUCCCGGCUUACGAGAAGGAGGGCGGCGGCCGCUUCCACUCAAUUGACAUGGAGCGUAUUGGCGGUCUUAAGGAGAAGUCCACCUGGUCGUGA